AUGGAGUUCCCAUUUAUGCGAGCUUUUAUCGCUCUUUUUCUUUACCGUUAUUUUCGUCUUGUUGUGAAUCUGUUUUCAUUUUGGACCUUCAAGCCCAUUCCUCCCCCGGAAAACCCGAAAUUAACUGCACAAGAUGUUACGGUUAUUAUCCCUACUCUUGAGGGAUGCGGCGAUGAAUUGGUUGAGACUAUCAGGACUAUCCUUGAUAAUCACCCAUACGAACUCUUACUGGUGACAAUCGAGGCCAACCGAAAGAAAGCCGAGAACAUGUUAAACUUGAUGCCUGCUUCCAAGUCAAGGAUCCGCCUCUUCACCGUGACACAUCCCAAUAAACGCCGUCAAAUGACAAAAGCCAUUCCGGAAGUUCGCACCCCGAUUACGAUCUUUGCAGAUGACGAUGUGAGCUGGCCGCGCACAGUGCUUCCCUGGAUCUUAGCUCCCUUUGAGAAAGACGAGCGAUACGGAGGCGUGGUCACAUGCCAGCGACUUCGUCGUGCUGCUGCACCGACUUUAUCUCAGCGUAUUUGGGGCUUCCUGGGCGCUCUCUACCUGGAAAGAAGGAACUUCGAUUGCGCAGCUACGACGCACAUCGAUGGCGGACUCCCCUGUAUGUCAGGGCGGAGUGUUGCAUACAGAACGGACAUCCUUCAAAAUGAAGGCUUUACUUACGGUUUCACUAACGAAGAAUGGUGGUUUGGGAAAUACCAAUUGAAUGCCGACGAUGACAACUUUAUCACACGUUGGAUGGUAUCGCAUGGGUGGGAGACUUUCAUGCAGUACCACCCCGAAGCCGAAGUUCUCACGACCUUGGAAGAUAACCCUAUCUUUCUGAAGCAAUGCGCCCGGUGGUCACGAAGCAACUGGAGGAGCAAUCUUACGAGCAUGUUCCAUGAAAAGCACAUUUGGCAUCGCCAGCCUUGGAGCGCAUACGCCGUCCAUCUGACAACCCUGUCGCCUCCAGCUCUUUUGGGUGACUUGCUGCUUGUUUUAUUAUGCCAUAAAGCCACGGCGUCCUGGGACGAAAGCUCGCACAUUAUGGCCAUGCAAGUCCUCGGUGUAUGGAUGUUUAUCAGCAAGUUUAUAAAACUGUUAGGCCAUUACAUCCGAUACCCGGUUGAUGUCUUGUUACUGCCUGUGUCCAUCCUUUUCGGGUAUUUCCACGGAGCAAUCAAGAUGUACGCAGUGCUAACCCUCAAUGUGACAACAUGGGGUAGCAGAGAUGGUGCCGAUGACUAUGAUGCCGAGCGCAUGAAGAAACGAACAGACAACGACCGAGUGAAGCAACCGUAUUAUCCGAGAUUCAUCACUCAAUAA